AUGGCUUUUGGUUCACGUAUUCGCAGUCUCUGUGCUGCUGCUAUACUUUGCACUGCUGUCGUUUUGUCACCUGCUGAUGCAUGGCUAGCUCCAAUCAUUACCAAGGGCAAUAAGCUCUUUGAUUCUGCAACGGGUCAGGAGUUCCGCAUAAAAGCGGACAAGUACGAGAAAAUAUGGCUGGCGCAUUUGAAAAUACUGAUAGAUCUAGGUGUAAACACCAUUCGUCUAUAUUCGGUGGAUCCGAGUCUUCCACACGACAAAUUCAUGUGCGCGUGCUCCAACGCAGGUAUCUAUGUCUUGAUCGGUAUCACUGCUCCGUGUGAGAACUGCUCGGUGCUUGACUAUAAGCCACCCAAGUGCUAUCCGGAUGACCUCUUUACCCGUGCACAAAUGGUGUACAACGCGUUUGCUGUGUACGACAAUACAUUGGGCUUCAGUGUCGGUAAUGAAAACAAUCUGCAAGUGGAGAACGGAGCCGACGGUACUACGACAGCCCCAUGUGUCAAAGCAUUCCUGCGAGACACUCGAAGUUAUGCUGCGAGUUGCUCGGGGUCUGUGCGUCAGGUGCCGAUUGGUCUCGACAUUGCCGACAUUCCUCCUCGCGUGACGUGGAUUUCGUACUACGAUUGCUCUGUGGAUGACGAUGAAAACACACGUGCUGAGUGGAUGGGCUUCAACCCGUACGUUGAGUGCGAUUCUGCUACUCACAAGAAGUAUUCGCAGUCCACCGGUCUGAAGAAACUGAUGUCUGAGUACGCUAAGGUUGGUUAUUCUCGUCCACUGAUGUUUGGCGAGUUUGGCUGCAACAAGGGUGUGAACACUAUCGAUGGCUACGAAAGCCAGCGUAUGUUCUACGAUGCAAAGUGGAUGAAUGAAGAAGAGGAGAUGAUGGAAGAGAUCGUGGGCGGCAACGUGUUUGAGUUCAGCACUGAAAUUGCCAACUUGGUUGAGAGCAAGACUCUGAACAAGGCCGCCGAUGCGGGCAAGUACGGUGUCGGCUUCUUUCUCCCGGAAAAAUGUGAUCAUGAAACAUCCGAGUGUGUCUUCCAACCGUACCCGGAAUACAAGUAUCUCAAGGAGGCUUACACGACUACCAAGAACUCGUCUGUUAACCACGAUAGCUACACGCCUACGCGCGACACAAUUCUAUCAUGUCCGAAGAAAAUGUCGAUUGAUCUACCGCCUACACCCGAUGUCCCGAUUCUCGCGUGCACGAUCGCGCAGCCGGUGUGCAAUGGCGUAAAGGCCAACAGCUACAAGCACGUCUCUUCAAACACAGAGUUCGGCGAAAAGCGGCAACCAUCGAACAAAGAGAACGGCGGAAUCGCGCUCGACAGCGGUUCGCAAGGUAGCAGUAAUGGGGCCACCACCACGACUUCUGCGGUUGCGUUCUUGUUGUCUAUGGUAACGGUUGCCGUCACCGCAAUUUCUGUCUAG